CGCCUUUGUCCAGCCCUCUUCAUUUUAAACGAAAAGUCGAGAACACGGUGUCGUUUACCUCGAGGCCGUGCGGCCUCCUCGGGCGCCUGGUCCCCGGAGGCUUCGAGUCUAGCCGAGCCCAGGGAUUUAGGGCGGACGGGGAGGGGGUCCGGAACGAUUCCUUCGCGGAACCUUUGCGGCGAGGCCUCCGGGGGUGCUCUGAGGGACGGACUGUGGCGGGCCCCGCCAAGCGGGUAGGGAUGGCGGCGAACGACGCGGCGCCGCGGGCCGCGGUGCCGGUGGAGCUGCAGCGGGAGCGACGGCUGGUGUGCGUGGAGUACCCGGGCGCGGUGCGCGACGUGGGGAAGAUGCUGCGCACGCUGGGCGGUGAGGAGAGCGUCUCCCGGAUCUACACAGACCCCACCAAGAGACUGGAGCUGUACUUCCGGCCCAAGGACCCAUACUGCCACCCAGUGUGUGCCAACCGCUUCAGUACCAGCAGCUUACUGCUUCGGAUCAGGAAAAGGACAAGGCGGCGCAGAGGGGAGCAGGCGGCUGAAGCCUGCCCCGAGGCCUCAUUCAACAUGGAGAUCCUUGGCAUCGUCUCCACCAUUUACAAAUUUCAGGGAAUGUCUGACUUCCAGUACUUGGCUGUGCACACGGAAGAGGGUGACAAGCACGUGUCAAUGUAUGACAAGCUGCUUCUGCUCAAGCCCGAGAAGCAGGCCUUCUUCCAGCGGGACGUGCCGCUCUAUAUCCCCCCGCCCAUCUUCUCCCGACUGGACACCCCUGUGGACUACUACUACCGCCCGGAGACACAGCAUCGGGAAGGCUACAACAACCCCACCAUCACAGGGGAAAACCUGAUCGGCCUGAGUAGGGCCCGGCGCCCCCACAAUGCCAUCUUUGUCAACUUUGAGGAUGCUGAGGUCCCUGUGCAGCCUCUGGAGGCCGCGGUGCAGACGUGGAGGAGGGCCUGCACCAACCCCAUAGACCAGAAGGUAGAGGAGGAACUGAGGAAGCUGUUCGACAUCCGUCCCAUCUGGUCACGCAAUGCUGUCAAGGCCAACAUCAGCGUCCACCCUGACAAGCUCAAGAUCCUGCUUCCCUUCAUGGCCUAUUACAUGAUAACAGGCCCCUGGAGAAGUCUGUGGAUCCGGUUUGGCUAUGACCCCCGGACACACUCCGAGGCCAAGAUUUACCAAGUCCUUGACUUCCGAAUCCGCUGUGGAAUGAAAUAUGGCGGCAGCGAGAUGCCUGUCAAGGCAAAGCGCAGCACCUACAACUACAGCCUGCCCAUCACAGUCAAGAAGACGCCCAGCCAGCUUGUCACCAUGCACGACCUGAAGCAGGGCCUGGGCCCGUCGGGGGUGUCUGGCCCACGGAAACAGACCUCCAACAAGUAUAAGCUCAAGGACUCGGUCUAUGUCUUCCGGGAGGGAGCCUUGCCCCCCUAUCGCCAGAUGUUCUACCAGUUAUGCGACUUGAACGUGGAGGGGUUGCAGAAGAUCAUCCACCGCAACGACGGGGAGGAGAGCACGUGCACAGAGCGGGACGGGUGGUGCCUCCCCAAGACCACCGAUGAGCUGAGGGACACCAUGUCGCUCAUGAUCCGCCAGACCAUCCGCUCCAAGAGGCCGGCUCUCUUCUCCAGCCCAGACAAGGCUGACCAUGCAAAAGAGCAGCUGAUGUUUGAAUCCGGGGAGGAGGAGGAGGAGGAAGAGGAAGAGGAAGAGGAGGAAGAUUUCAAGCCCUCGGACGGAAGUGAGAAUGAGAUGGAGACAGAGAUUCUGGACUACGUGUGACAAAGCCCUGGGCCCCAGGCUGAGCGGUCUGUGCUGGUAGUACCUGUGCCCUGCCCCAGUUGGGUGAGAUGAGGAAGCCAGCCCAGUCCAUUUCCAACAACUGUCUCUUCAGCGUUCGCUGGAAACAGACUGAUGGCCCCGCAGCUUGCUGGGAAGAGCCCGAGACUGAGGUCUCUGCCAGCCCUGCUUCCUGGGAGAUCGCCCUGAAAGCUUCCUGCCCUGCCCACAGGAUAGCUCAAGUCAUACUGUUUCCAAAGCCAAUUUCCUCAAGCCAGCCCCAGCCUGCUGAUGAGAUUCCUGGAAAGCCCCCUCUCAAGGCAGGACUGGCAGCCUAAUGAGGAGCCCGGCUUGGAACCAGCUGUGCUGGCAAUUACAGUCCCCUGUCCUGCAGAAAACACUCACACCAGAGGCCAGGGGAGAAGCACUCCCCUCCCCUCCUUUCCAGUCCCCUUCUUGCUAAGACCUCCUGCUGGAGCUGUUGGCCUUGCUCUGGGGAUGUCUCAGCUGUGGCCGCUUCCACUGCUGACAUCCCAUCUUCCUGGUCCCUGGACAAAUCUGAGGCAGGUGCUGGGGCAGGGCCCCCUCCCAGGCCCUACUCUGCCGAGCCCAGCCAGCCCAUGCUGCCUUAGGUCUGACUAGAAGAGCUUCCUGAAGUCUACGCAAAUUCCAAAAAAAUGGCAAUUCUCUUUUUAAAUAAAGGUGGUUUAUUAUGAA